AUGGCUGCUUUUGUGUAUCUUUCUAAAGAGGUGCUGUCUGGCUUCGAUAACUACAAGUACAGUGCCAUUGACACAAGCCCAGUAAGCAACUACAUUUGCCAUCCAUUUUGGAACAGAUGUGUUAAGCUUGUACCAUUAUGGAUCGCACCAAAUGUGCUAACGUUUACUGGGUUUCUUCUGCUUCUGCUCACUUUUGCUGUGAUGACCUACUAUGACCCUCACUUUUAUGCAUCAUCCCGAGAUCACCCAGAGUAUGCUCCCAUUCCAAACUGGGUCUGGCUUAUGGGGGCGGUCAACAAUUUUCUUGCACACACACUUGAUGGCAUUGAUGGAAAGCAGGCCCGCAGAACCAAGUCAUCCUCUCCCCUAGGAGAACUUUUUGACCAUGGGCUAGAUAGCUGGGCCACAUUGUUUUUGCCUGUAGCCAUCUUCUGUAUAUUUGGCCGAGGGGAGCACGGCAUCAGUGUGUUUCACAUGCUUAUCUGUGUGAUGGGAAUCAUGGUAUGUUUUGUCCUCAGCCACUGGGAGAAGUACAACACAGGUGUGCUGUUCCUUCCUUGGGGCUAUGAUAUUGGGCAGAUAGCAGUGACAUUAGUCUAUUUGAUCACAUACUAUGGUGGUUAUGAGGUCUGGAAGUUUACAAUUCCAAUCAUUAAUAUGUCACCAGCGCAGGCAGUUGAGCUUUCAUUCUACAUUGGAUUCUUUGGCCUCACCUUUCCUUUCACAUUUUACAAUAUAUAUAGGUCAUAUAAAGAUAAGUCAGGAAAGAUGCAUUCCUUCUCAGAAGCUAUGAGGCCACUAGUGUCCACAUGUGUGCUGUUUACCUUAAUGGUCUCCUGGACAUUGGGCUCAUCCUGUGAUAUACUUGAACUUCAGCCUAGGCUCUUCUUCUGGACCCUGGGAACAUCGUUUUCUCAUAUAGCUUGCCACCUGAUAAUUGCUCAAAUGAGUAGCACAAGAUGUGAGCUCGUCAACCCAGCUUUGUACCCUCUGAUUCUUAUUGUGGGAAUGGUACACUUGCUGCAUCUUGGCACCAGGGAGAUCUACUUGUUAUGGACAUACUGUAUAUUUAUCACAGUCAAGCAUGUCAUAUUUGGAAUAUAUGUGGUGAAAGAGAUGUGUGAGCAUUUCAAGAUUAAAGCAUUCUCUAUCUCAAAAUUGAAAGUGUGUGACCAAGGCGACCAGUAG